AGUUUUCAGCUGAAUAAGUUUGUAAACAAUAUUUGAGCUACAGUACCAAGAUGGUAGAAAAACUUGUAUGGGAAGAUUAUAUGACCAUUGGCAUCUACUUUGCCAUUGUCCUUGCAGUUGGACUAUGGUCAACAUGCCGGCCAAAUCGGGGAAGUACAACGGGAUACUUCCUGGCAGGGAAGAAUAUGCACUGGAUUCCGAUUGGUGCCUCAGUAUAUGCCAGUAACGUAGGAGCACCCAUGUUUAUUGGACUUGCUGGCACAGCCGCUGCUAUGGGAUUCUCUGUGACCAUCUACGAGUGGCAUGUAAGUUCAGUUUUUCUUAAAGCUGAUGGAUUAACUGACACGAAAUAUUAG